AUGUCAGAAUACGACAAAGUUAAAAAGGGGCGUUUGUUGUUGAAGGGAGAAAAACCUAAAAAGAAAAAGAAGACUAAAGACAAAGAAAAGAAGAAAUCCAAGGAUACUGAACCAGUUCAAGAUGUAGACAGAAUCGCACAUGGUGGAUGGGGGAAAGUCAAGUAUAUUAGAGACAUAAAUGGAUCGAUUUGUAUAGAAUUCGGUGACAAUACUUAUGUCAAAGCUUUAGAUAAUGGUUUGUUCACAUUAGGAGCUCCACAUGAUGAAGGUGAAGGACCUUCUCCAGAAGAAAUCUUAACUGCUGUUCCUGUUAAUGAUACAAGAGUUGCAUUUAAAUCAGGUUAUGACAAAUACUUAGGAGUGUCAAAAGAUGGUAUGGUCAUUGGAAGGGCAGAUGCAAUAGGUUCACUUGAGCAAUGGGAACCAGUGUUUCAGGAUGGUAAACUUGCCCUCUUGAGCUCAAUUAACUGUUUUAUGUCUGUACGUGACGACGAUGACUCAGUAGUUGCAAUUGCUCGUCAAGCUGGUUCUAGAGAAAUGUGCAGUAUUCGUACUCAAAAGCAUGAAGAGUUAGAUAAAAAACCUGAACUUCCUCCUGAAGAAAAGGGCUCAAUUAAAGAAAUUGAACUGAAUUAUGUAAAAAAGUUUCAGAAAUUUCAAGAUAAAAGAAUCCGCAUUAAUACAGAAGAUCCUCAUGUUUUGAAAAGAGCAAGAACAGAUGGAACUCUUCAUGAAGCCCUUCUUGACAGAAGAAGUAAAAUGAAAGCUGAUAGAUAUUGCAAAUAA